CCAUGGCAACAAUGAUGAUGGUGCUGGUGCUGUCCCUCCUUGUGAUUUUUGUUGUCAUCUUCCUUCCAAACCACCUCCCUAGGACCUUCACCUUGGGAGAGUUGUCCUGCAGCAUCCAGCUCAUGGCUGCACUGCUGUGGAAGGCAGUGUAUGUCUACACAACUAGGGACAUCACCAACUUUAAAAUAUACAGCAUAGAUUCAUUGCAAACAAUUAUAUACAUCGCCAUACUUGUGAUCAUCGUCCUGUACGUCCUCCUUCCUGCACAUCUCCGUGGACAACGUCCGUGGGUGUUCUAUGUGGUGUUCAUAUGUGUGUCAGUAGCGUUGGUUAUCCCCACAUCAUACAUGGUUCUCGGACGGAUGUUGUCACGUGGAUGUUCACCAGCAUAUUCUUACAUCCCAAAAGGGUGAGUCUACUGCUGUACUGGAUGGUGUGUUCCGUUGUGGCGGCCGUGUUCAGCUUGUGGCAGGGGUCAGCCACAGAAGGAGACCGCAGCAACACCAUCACCCGCAAGUCAUUCCAUCUGGUCAUAGUAGUCGUGUACAUUCCAGGGCUGAUAGUGGAUGCAGAGUUUCUACACCUUGCAUCUGUGUGUGCUGGCGCCAUCCUGCUGCUGCUUGAAGCUGUGAGGGUUCACACUGUACCACCACUGGGCCAGCAUAUUGACAGCUCUUUCAAGAUGUUUGUGGAUGAUAAGGAUGAAGGCCGUGUGAUACUGACCCAUAUCUACCUCCUAGUGGGCCUGUCUCUUCCUCUCUGGAUCACCAACAUCCGGCCCAUCAAUGGUGCUCUGCUACCCAUGUACAGUGGAGUUAUCUCCCUUGGUGUGGGCGACACUGCAGCAUCUGUAGGAGGUGUUCUGUUUGGUCAACACAAGUGGCCAGGAAGUAACAAGUCCCUUGAAGGAACAGUCACAUGUGCCAUCAGCCAAGCUCUAGUCUUGGGCUGCCUCACUCUCACAGGGGUAGUGUCAAGUCCACUCAGCCUCCCCCUGGUGGUAGCAGUCGUCCUGUCAUCCUUGUUUGAAGCUUUUACCCUGCAAGUAGACAACCUGGUUCUACCCCUGCUGACAUAUUCUCUGCUGUGUAUGACAUGACGAAUGUUUGUUUGUGGUUUAACACAAAGCAAUAUUCCAGCUAUGUGAUGGCAGUCUGUCUGUGGAGUCUGGUCCAGUGAUCGACAUUAUGAGCAUCGAUCUGCUUAACUAGGAUACAAUGACCUGUAUUAGCCAAGUCAUAAGGCCUGACCAUCCGAUGCAUUUAGUGGUCUCUUAUAACAAGCAUGGGACGCUGUAGACCAAUUCCAACCCAAAUAUUCAUAGGUCUAUGACAGAAUGAGGAAUAGCAUCAACUCAUCAUUUCCAUACACUGGUGUACACUAUGGUUCCUGGUUCAGGAUGAUGGAAUGAAUGUUGCUACACUCUGUGAGAGAACAAUGACGCACCUAUCCUGCUGAAGAAGUAUGGCAUUUGUCAGCCAUCAUUGCCAUGUCAUUGCAUACAGUAAACUUCCUCGAACUUGUCUGCACUCAUGUUCCUAUGUAGUAUUUUCCUGGAUGCCAGCCAUGUCAGGCAACACACCUUGUGCUUCCAUGCAUGACGUCAUGUUGGACUGCAGGGUAUACGGGUAUACCUGGCUUUUCGAAGGAUAUGUAUUGCAAUAUUUUUUCUGAGAACUGGUAUAUUGGGUAAAUAAGAUAUAUGAAGUUUUUGUGAUUAUCUUUAUGGUUUAAAUUGAAAUCUACACAUACUUACAUUCACAACACAUGUUUUCCUGUGUUAUUCAAUGACAAAACAGCAUACUGUAAUACUAUAACUUGUAUAAAAAGGAAAAGGACUAUGCAACCUAAGUUUGAGAUCGCUGUUAUCAGAACCAUAACCAUGUAUGUUUAGCGACUUAUAAUGUAGAAAAUAGGAUUGACAUGAACAAUUAGUGUCACUCGCUGUCAAUAGGGGUGCCUGAAUUGCAAUAUUGUGCAGUAUAAUUUAUUUGCCAAUGCACAGCCCAAUCCAAUGUUGUUAUGGGUAUUGUUUAUAUGUAUUGAUCAUACUUGCAUAAAGAUCAUUUACACUUGUUACAUUUAUUUUAAACCUGAUAAUAAAUUUGAUUUUAC